AUGGAGACUUUACUUACUUAUGCUAAAACGCCAAUCCCGGCCUUUCCUCAGGUUCAAGGCUUCAUGCACGAAGUGGUCGAGGAAUUGAAUCAUGAGACUAUUAUCCAACUAUUGGGUACACUUAUCGCACUGUUCAUUGUUUAUCGUGUAGCCAUUGCUAUCCAUAAUGUCUGGUUUCAUCCGUUAUCUAAAUUCCCAGGCCCAACUCAUAUGGCUGCUUUCCAGCUCCCCUACACAUACGGCACUCUUGUCUCUGGCCACAUGCACAAUACGAUGAAGAAACUCCACCGCAAGUAUGGUCCUAUUGUGCGUGUUAGCCCAGAUCAUCUAGCCUUUGAUGGAUCUAUCGCUUGGCCUGAAGUCUUUGCGCACAGGGCAGAUAAAGAAGAGUAUGGAAAAGUACCGAAUUUUUUAUUUAUGGGAGAUACGAUGUCCAUAAUUGGAGCUCCCAAAGCCAUUCACAGACGACAACGGCGGCAGCUGGGUCAUGCAUUCAGCGAUGGUGCAUUAAGAGAUCAAGGACCAAUCAUGAAGAAGUAUGUAGACCUUCUUAUGCAGCGUUUCACUGAAAAAUCCGAUACUGGCAAAAGCUUCGACGUCAACGACUGGUUUAAUUUCAUCACAUUUGACAUCAUUGGCCAUCUCACCCACUCAAAGUCGUACAGCUGCCUUGAAAAUGGCUCUCAUCCUUGGGUAUCUAAAUUUUUCAGGGGGUUUCGCGGCAGAUGCUAUUCUCGAUUUCUUUCUCAAUUUCCUUUUGCUUUGGAGAUUGUUACAAAACUACACUUGAUUCCAGACAUAAAUACAAACGAAGACGAUAAGCGCGACGCUGUCGAAAGAACAAUGGAGCGCAUCAAGUUAGGCGAGUAUGCCAUUGAAGGCUACCGCGAUUUCACGUUCCACAUGCUCAAGAAGGACCACGAUGGUGAAAUGGGCUUUGUAGGAUUGGAAGUCCUGGCUUCAGCUACUAUUCUCAUCGGAGCAGGCGCCGAAACCACUGCUGCCACUAUGUCUGCCCUCAUGUUCUAUCUUGGCACAACCCCGACUGCUUACAGGAGGCUGGUCGAGGAAAUCCGGUCUGCCUUUGAUGAUGAAGAAGGUAUUACACUCACGUCGACGCAACAAUUGGAGUACCUCCACGCUUGCAUUGAGGAGGCGCUCCGCGUGUUCCCUCCCAUCAACGAGACGCCUCCACGAGUCUGCCCGGGAGACACCAUUGACGGGAAAUAUGUCCCUAAAGGAACUGCAAUUACGGUAUUCCAAGAGGUCACUUACCACAAUCCUGAACAUUUCACUGAGCCUGACUCCUACAUCCCUGAGCGAUGGCUGCCAAAGUCUCAUCCCUUUUACGAUGCCAAGUUCAAAGAGGACAAUCGAGCGGUAUUCAAGCCCUUCAGUUACGGCCCAAGGGAUUGCCUCGGCAAAAAUCUUGCCUACUCCGAAAUGCGACUGACUCUUUCACGAAUGCUGUACAAGUUCGAUGUGGAACUGGCUCCGGGGCAAGAGAAUUGGCAUAGCGCGCAGCGCACGUUUCUUGCAUGGGAGAGAAGACCAUUGAACAUUUACUUGAAGCGUAGACAGACUGCUUGA